AUGGAGAGAGAGAGGAAGUGGGAGGAGGCGGCUUUGGAGGAGGAGGAGGAGGAGGAGGGGAGUGGUGCCCUUGAAAUAAGGCAACGGAGGAGGAGGGAUACAAACGCAAGGGAGAACGACGGCGACGAGGAAAAGAGAGAGGUGGUGCAAGUUGGCGGACAGGGAGAACGAAGAAGCGUACACUACGACAAAGGACAAGGGGUGUGGAAGUGUCGGCACUGCACUUGGACCUACCAAUCGAAUGGUCACAGCAGACUUCAUAUUCAGAAUCAUGAAGUCUAUUGCCAAGUGAUGAUUGAUAUCAAACCAUUAUUUCAGGUUAAAUCACUUUUUGAGUCACCAAUUAAAGGUGUUGAAGCCACUGCUGAGACAGCUCUGAUGAAAUUGUACACUGAGGACGAAUUUGCUGCGGAGAAGGACAUAGCAAAUGGAAAAGUAGAUUUUAGAACCAAAGAAUUUGAUGGCCAAGAGGAUAUUCCUGUUCAAAAUGCAAAUAAUAUUUUAAAGGAUAUGAAGGCGGAAAAUGGAUCAAAAUCACAGCAUUAUUCUGAAGGAUACAAUGAAAAUAAAAUAACACAAAGUCAACAGGAAAUUGACAGAUACAAAGAGAUUAAAAUAGUAAAGAAAAGUGAACUAAAAGUAUCAGGCAUUGAUCUUGAGAGAGUAUUGGAAGAACAAGAUACUCAUGAUUUGUUCUGUCCUAAUUGUCACUCGUGUAUAACUAGAAGGGUGAUUUUACGUAAAAGGAAAAGGUCAGAAAGGAUGGCUAAAGACACUGAAUCUGAUGCACCAGCAAAGAAAGUUCAUGAAAUACAGCAUGAUGUGGACUCCAGACAUGUUGCAGCUGAAAUGACAGAUCCAGGUGAUAGGGAACCUGAUGUAUUCAGAUGUUUAUCAUGCUUCAGCUUUUUCAUUCCAACAGAGGGUGGUUUUAAUAUAUUUCGGAUUUUCGCGAAAGGAGAGGAAAACCAGGGUCUGCAAAGUUCACAACAGAUGCCCGAGAAAAGCAUGAAUUGGAUUUCGUCUAUUUUUAAGUCAGGGACAAGCAAAAGAAAAGAAAGUGAACUGGAAACUCCAAAGCCUGGUGAUUCUAAUAUCAUGAGUGGAGAAGGAAUGAGUGAUUCAGUCCAUAAAGAGAAUCAAAGCUAUCAGACUAUGUCUAUGUCGGGCUUUAUGAAGCCUGCUGAGUGUCAGAUCAUUGCUCAGAAGAAUGAUGCAGGAAGUACUCUGCCUGAAGAAUCUUAUGUUAGCAGUAGCAGACCAAUGGAGGAUCAAUCUCAGAGAGACAAGCAAAGCACUGUGGCUCAACCUGUAGUUGAAGUUACAUUACAUGGCAAUUUUCAGACCAAUAAUGACGAGAAGCUUAGUAACGCCAUACUAAAUAAUGAUAGAGGAGAUGAUAUUUUUCAAGUUGCUGAGAAAGGAAUCUCUUUAAGAGAUGAAAGUUUUUGUGAUUCGGUAGUACCUGCUGUUGUGGUUUUACCACAUUCUGAGAUUGAGAUUCAUGAGCCUGAGCAAAGUACUGGAGAAGCUCGAAGAAAAAAUGACUGGGAUGUGCUGAAAAGCAUUGUCUAUGGGGGUUUAAUUGAAUCUAUUACAAGCCUUUCUGUUGUGUCAUCUGCAGCAGGAACUGAUGCUUCAACAUUGAAAAUUUUUGCUUUGGGAUUGGCAAACCUGAUUGGCGGAUUGUUUGUAAUUGUCCAUGAUCUUUUUGAACUAAGAAGUGCUCAAGAUGAAGCUACUGAUCAAAAGGGUGAACCAGCUGGUCGUUACUGGGAUGUUCUUGGGAGAAGAGCAAAUUUCAAGAUGCAUGCUGCUGUAGCCAUAUUAUCAUACUUAUUAGUUGGGAUCUUGCCUCCUCUUACAUAUGGCUUUUCAUUCCAAGAAAGCGACAACAAGGAAUACAAGCUCAUAGCUGUUGCUGCAGCAGGUCUCCUAUGCAUUUCAUUACUGGCCAUAGGGAAGGCCCAUGUUAAGCCUCAGAAGGCAUAUAUCAAAUAUCUAUUUUUAUACCUUGGUCUGGGCGUGUCAGCAUCUGGCCUUUCUUAUGUAGUUGGGUUGAUGAUCAGCAGACUCCUGGAGAAGCUUGGUUUGUUUGACAGUAAUACAUCUGCUUCUGCACCUCCUUCCAUUAUUUAUAGGGAUAUAAGCUCAACAUUUCCGGCAUGGUCAUCCUACUGAAUGAAAUCAGAAGCAUGUUACCUUAUGAAGUCAUCUAUUUAUUGGCGAAUCCGAUAAUAAGUUCACUCCCAUCUUUCACUGUGGAUGGUAGGAAAUGCUGUGGUUUUCACCUGGCAUGUAUUUUCUGAUAGUUUGUGUACCGUGGCUGAACAUUUCAGUAAUAAGCUGGAACAUGAGAUAGUCAUGUUGAUCGAAAAUUGUGGAACAUGAUGACUGCUAUUUUUAAUGAUAACUAAGCAUAUGAGAUCCCAACAUAUGAUGAAUCUAUCAGUUUUGUCUUGAGGAAACGGACAAAAUGAAACUUCUACGUUGCUGUCGUGCCCUGGUUGUUCAUGCAAUAAUUGAAGAGCAAUUUUGUAUUGUUGAAAGAGUUUGAAUGGUAUUUCAAUAUCUUAUAAUAUUUCAA